AUUUCCACAAGGAGGGUCGUGCUGCUCGUCGGUCGUCGCGAGUGAAAAAAAAAAAAAUGCAAUUAAAUUGCAUUUUACAACUAGAAAAAUUGUUAAAAAUAUAAUUAAAAAGUGCGCGAUGGUUACACACGCCAAGUGACAACAAAAAAUUUUGUGUGCGUGGUGAAUGAAUGUGUUUAUUUGAGAAUUACAUGAAAGUGUCGCCUUUGCCAUCACCCCCGCGCCCUACUGCAAAAUGCGACCAACUUCAAUUGAGAGCCAACAAGAAUAUCGACGAUGAUGUGGAAAUUGGCGGCGCAAUCACUUGGCAGCAUAUGAUAAAUAUUAUUAAUGCGCUUCAAAAAGUUUGAAAUAAAAAACAGAAAACAAAAAUCAUAAAUUGAGCAACAACAAAGCAGAGGAAGAAGAGAAGAAGUGGAAAGAUGAACUAAAGGGGCAAAUGUGAACCACAUGCAAGUUAUUAUUAUAAGGCUUCUUCUUUCCCCCCCACCAAAUUAUCAUUUGUUGUUCCAAUUUUUGCUGUAAGCGAAUCAAAUCGAAACCAAACGAAAAGCAUACGAAUUGAACACACACUCAUACACAGCUUUAAGUAAAAAAAAACAAAACAUAAUUAAUGUAAUAAAGAAGAAAAAAGAAGAAAAAUACGGACCGAACCCAGUACCAUUCCAAAAUUUAGCAUUUAAUAGAAACUUAGACAAACGAGAAAUAAUACACUGAAGGAAAAAAACAUACGAUAUAUGAAAGGAUUUUAGCAAGACGCAGCAAAUCCCAAAAUUUUUGUCUAUAAAAUGUCUUUGGCCGAUAUGGGCACUAUCACGCGAUCCACUGGCGGUGGUGGAGGAGGUGGUGGUGGUCGUCACUAUGAUUUAAGCAGCGCUAGUGGUGCCGGUGGAUUACCUACUGGCGGUCGGAUGAUCCAUUCACUAAGCACUCCAUCAGGAGUCGAUGGGACACCCUCAACGCCCCGUCAUCGUGGUGGCAAGAAGUUAACUGUCCGCAUACAAAUGCUGGACGAUUCGGUCACCAUGUUUCAAGUACAGGCCAAAGCUCUGGGUCGUGUCCUUUUUGAGCAAGUUUGUCGCCAAUUGAAUCUGCUCGAAGCGGACUACUUUGGUCUGGAAUACAGUGAGAUAUCAACACAUACCAAAUACUGGUUAGAUCUGGAGAAGCCAAUGAAUCGUCAAGUUGGCUUAUCCCUGAUUGAUCCAGUAUUACGUUUCUGCAUUAAAUUCUAUACACCAGAUCCAGCUCAGCUAGAGGAGGAGUACACUAGAUAUCUAUUUUGCUUGCAAAUCAAAAGGGAUUUGGCAGUUGGCACACUACAGUGCAAUGAUAAUACAGCCGCUCUUAUGGCCAGCUAUAUUGUUCAGGCAUCGUGCGGUGAUUUUGUUCCAGAAGAUUAUCCAGAUCACACUUAUUUAUCAUCGUACCGUUUUGUGCCACAUCAGGAUGCCACAAUGCAGCGUAAAAUUAUGGAGAACCAUAAGAAACACGUUGGUCAAACGCCAGCCGAGGCGGACCUCAAUUUACUGGAGACGGCACGUCGCUGUGAGCUGUAUGGCAUGAAAAUGCAUCCGGCCAAGGAUGUGGAGGGCGUACCGCUUAAUCUAGCUGUUGCUCAUAUGGGCAUAGCCGUCUUCCAGAAUAUAACACGGAUCAAUACCUUCUCUUGGGCAAAAAUACGUAAAAUAUCGUUUAAACGUAAACGUUUUCUGGUCAAACUGCAUCCCGAGGGUUAUGGCUAUUACAAGGAUACUGUGGAGUUUUUCUUUGAAGGACGUAAUGAAUGUAAAAACUUUUGGAAGAAAUGUGUCGAAAAUCAUGGAUUCUUCCGUUGUACGGCCGUACAAAACACGCCCAGGCGUAAAACUCGAGUGCUCUCUCGCGGCAGUUCAUUUCGUUAUAGCGGCAAAACUCAAAAACAGAUUAUUGAAUUUGUACGCGAGAAUUAUGUAAAACGACAGAACUUUCAAAGGUCUCAGUCGUUCCGGCAAGGGCCACUGAAUGCUAGUAGCCGAAGUCAAUCGCAUACGUAUGUGAAUUCCAGCAUUUCAGCCAAUCCCCUACUCCCAAUUGACACUGCGGCAUGGGAUUAUCGCAAUCAAUGCAACGACUCGAUGACCCCUUCUCUGACGAAGAAGGCAGCGGAUACCUUGGAUCGCCGACGCGACAAUCCUAUAGACCACAUGCGUUCUCAAGUCACAGCAGCCCAGGUGGAGAUUUAUCAGACGAAGAAUUAUGCAGCGGAAUCGCCAACCUCGCCGGAGGAAGCGGCAUGCUCGGGGGCGGAACGUCAACACCACUCGGCAGCGGCUAUGGACCAAAUGAAUUCGAACCGCUCGCUUUCGCCACAGGGUCCGCAGUCGUGGACUUCGCCCAUUCAUCACAACAACAACAGCAGCAGCAGCAGCCAACAGCAGCAGCUACAACAACAGCGAGGUCCCGAUCCGGGUCGUGUGCAUCCAGGCGAUCACAAUUUAGGUCUGAGCCACUUGUCCCACUUGUACAGCAGCAGCACCCCUCGUCGAGUCUCAGUGGGAUCCCAAGUGUUUGUCCCUGCGUCGCCGCAGCUCAUCAGCAUCAGCAUCAACACCAACAACUCGCACAACAGCAACACGCACAACAACACUAUGGUGGAUCUCAGCAGCUCUAUGGAAUUGGAGGAACAGGAGGAGGAAAUGUUGGAACCUGCGGACAUGGAGGAGGAGGAGGAGGAGGACCAUAUGGGGGAGGAGGAGGAAUUAGUCGAGGAGGAAGCGGAUUCGGACUUGACAGCAUCUACCAUCAAUCGGGAGAGUAUGGCGGCAGCCUCACUGGCGGCCUUGGCCAAUGCCCAUCGUCCGCCGCUUCGCUCACAGGAGUCCCAAUCGCAAACUGUCACCCCAGUCCAUUAUAGCAGUACGAAUUAUUCGAUGUCUAAACAGUGCAUGCUCAACAAUGCUAAUGCAAACUCAACCGAAACGGAAACCGACAACAUUAUCUAUACUGACAUCAACGAUAUGGGUGGCGGCGUCGGCGCUGGCCACUAUAAAUAUCCCGAGCAUAAGCUCUCUAAUAGCGAACAUCUCAAUUUGAACGAACGUAAUGACAUUUAUGCCACUGUGAAUCGCAAAGCCAAAUCAAAGACUCGCGAGAAACAUUUCAGUGAUGAAUUUAUAGAUCAAACUAUUCUGCAAUAUACUCGAGCCAAACAGUUGGGUAUUCAGCCCCCGACAGUGCCUAUGCUGCAGCAGCCAAGUACUUCUGCCUUUGCUGCCGCCCAAGAGCGUAGCUACAAUACCUAUCAAUACCACAACGAUCUAAAUCAUCCUUCCGAAUCGUCAUCUUCAUCAUAUUUCGGGACUGGGUUUAAUACUAAGCGUUAUACUGCCAAAGAGAGAGUUAAACUGGCUCAUUCGGAAAAUCAUCUAACUCCCUCAUUGGACUCGCAAAGCUCUAGGCAAACGCAUUCGUUGCCAAGAAACUCUGAAUUGUCGGGCGUCGAUUCUGUAGACUCCUAUGACAGUCACUAUAUUACCCAUCAUUCUGUUGGAAAUCUACCGCCAGCUCGGCGUACAUCCUCAGAGAAAUUGGAAUAUCAAAUGUCUUCGGGUAAUCUGUACUCCACAGCUCAAUUUGUGAAACCUGAAGAAGCUGCUGCCCACUAUAUGAACGAUGAGGAUGACGAGGAUGAUGAUGAGGAGGGUGAAAACAUUUACGAUCAGGUUGCCCGCGAAUCGUGGCUAAAGAGUAGUUCCUGCAAGGACCUAUUUGAGCGAUAUAGCUCUACAGCUUACUAUGAUCGCGAGCAGUCCAAACCCAUGACGGCAUUUGAUAAGGAAUUUCUCUCGUCUAAUCGUAUUGAUUCCCCUGUUACACGCUAUGAUGAUUCAAGGCAUUCGUUAUAUUUCACUAAGAAUCAUUCCAUUGAUGCGCAACAGGACUUCUUUCCAUUGACACAGAGCAAAGUCUAUUCGUCCAGCUACCCGGGCACCACUUUUAACAACCACGACCAUAAACGUCAUUAUGGCCAGCAAUUGGAUUAUUCUGGGUCUCAGGACGACAUCUCUCAGGACAGUUACGAGCUGUUGGAAAAAUAUGAUAUCGAUUUCUUUAGCGGACGCCGCCGAUCCGAGGAUCACAUACGGUCAUGUUCUUUGGACUCUGGCAAUUACAUACCAAGCGAUGAUGAAUCCGUCUCUGAGCGGCAUAAAUAUCGUUCGGCAAUUGAUGUAAAAUCAAAGUCCGCUGCCGAUAUAAUGAACGAAAUCUGGGAUGCCGAGGAUCCACGUUAUUUGCCGCGUGAGAAACUCUCCGUUAAAUCGGAUGGCAACUUUUAUAAGAAAAUUCAAGAAGCUCUGUUAACUCGAACAUCCAGCCAGGAGAGUCAAAGUGAAAUGUUUGAGACAAAAAUUUCACGCAGUUCGGAUUCCAGUAAGAAAUCACGCGAUAGUCUUUAUCACACCGAUAGUAAAAAAUCCAGAGAAACAACCAAGAGCAAGACUUCAGUGGCGUCCAGUCAGGAUUCGAAAGAAUCCCUGGCUGGCGAUUGUUUUGGACGAAAUUAUGAAAUGCCAACAACAACUUGUAAGAAAGUUAAACAAUUCAACAAAAAGGAACUUUACGAGAAAUUUGCACAAUCGAGUCAGGAGUCUAAGAGCGACUAUUACGAUGCUGUGGAGGCCGGUGGAGCUGUUGAAGCCGAAGGUCUUUACUCUCGUCCCAAGGUCAAGAGUCAUGAUUGCUUGCUCUCCGACACGCAUUCAUCGACGGCGAAUAGUUCGUUUUAUGACAGUCGUGAUACAUAUUCAACGUUUCCCAGCAAUAAAACUCACAAGACCUCAAAGGUCCAUUCGAUUAGCUUACAGAAUGUGGAAAUUGAACGCAAUGCCAAAUCGUUUGGCAACAAAUCACCAGAAUCAGUAUCGACUCCGGCCUCUGGAAUGCGUUGUAAAGAAAAGGAUAUACAAACCGGUGAUUCGAUGGACAAAACAGCGCCAAUUAAGAAAAGUAAUUCGCAAUCUUGCAAGAUUUCUGCUUUCCGUCGUCGUUCUGAUAGUGAAAAUAUAUUUAGUUUCGAUCAGGAUCGAAUUGAAUGCAUCCAGAAGUAUACAAAACAGUGGGAAGGACAGCCCAAGGAUGAGAAAUCAAAACAAAGUCCUGAGUAUCCGCUUACCCCGGAGCUCAUUUCAGAAUUUGAGAAGCAACAAGCCCGCGUAAUGGCCCAUCAGAAAAUUACACGCAAAGAGGAGCUUAUGGCCAAGACUCAUUUCGAGGAAUACAACCCGAUAUUAGUUCCCAUGAACUAUGCCCAUGCCACAGUCGAACGAACCAAAAGUGAUCCCAACUCCCUGGCCAAUCGUAAUCGCUUGGGUAGCAAUUCUAGGCGGCAUGUUCUAAUGCAUCAAAAGUCUAUAGAUCUUACUCCAGCCGAUUCGAACUCGAGCGAUGAAGACUACAUCUAUAAGCAAAUACCCAGUGCUCCGCCUCUUUGUAAGGCUCAUGGCAAUUUCGAAAUACCCAAAUGUUACGAUGGAGCGGCAGGAACUGCAACCCCUCAAGUAGAUCUACCCAAGACUGGAUUCGAAUUGCCCAAGAGUUUCUUCCGUGACUACGAACGACGAUUUACCAAAGUUCUGAAGGAGGAUAUACCCUAUGUGCUGCACAAGCGGCACAUUCUGAAUGGAACAGCACCAGUCUCAGGCGAAAAGAAACACAUAAAGCCCAAGUCACCGAAGUCACCAAAAUCUCCCAAAUCACCCAAAUCCCCUAAGUCACCAAAGUCGCCAAAAGCAAACGCCAACUUACCAGUCGUUGUACCAGGAACGGUUGACUUUUUACCCGAUAUUUUGGACAGUUUACUUCCGGCCGAGACGAAAGAGUUUCUAUUCACGCAGAACAUUGAUUUAUCAAAGGUAGAUCCCAUUACUCUGGAAAUCGAAAAGACAAUACCCACAAUACAGCUUUCAUCACCCAAACGAGAUAUUACAAAGCAAAUGGACGCCUCAACUCUAGAGAAAUUAAACAAGAAAUUAAGCCAAAUUGAAAGUGAUUCGGCUACCAGUUCAAGGACCGAGAGCAUGCAACAGCAAAAGCUAGAGCAAAAACAAAUGGAGCUCAUCCAGAGUCUACGCAAAGAACUGCAAGCGAAUGCCCGAAAGGCCAAUAAGCCAAGAAUCAUACCCAAAACAAAGUCGGCUGGUAAAUCAAAAAAAGGCAAGACACGCAUAACAUCGUUUUCCUCAGACGACGAGAGUCUUGAUUCUGAUGAUGUGUUUGGUUCUGCAGAGGCUAUACCGGAUCGUCUGGAAUUUUCGCCACCGCAGUCUCGCAAAGAGAUUGAGUCUAUUUUGCGCAUAGAGCAGAGUCGUCUCAUUUCGGCAGCUUGGGGUCGUGGCCAAACCAUGAGCUCCACUGAAAUCGAAGGUUCGCCCCCACAAUGCCGUCGCCUGGCUGAUUUAGAGAAUCGCUAUCAUACUCAAAAACUCGACCCACAAUAUGCCAAUGCCACUGAACUGCGACGUAUUUCGGAGCGUUCCAUAUCGAUACCAUCAUCGGAGGAUGAGCCACAUGUACCGAUGCGUGGUGGUCGUAUGGAUGAGUGCACAAACGAUUAUCAACGGAAUGAGAAUAUCCCAUCGCCCAUACUGGAGCACGCUGAAUUCUUUCGCAGCAACGAUGAUCUUUAUGAAACGUGCCAUGAGGAAAAGAUCAGCGGCUCUGACAUUGAUUAUACUUUGAAAAAGCAAACAGCCAGCUCAGGUCAAACGAAAUCGAAGGUAAAGUUAAUUGAGGAGAUUAUUGAUUCAUCCAUAGUGAUGCGUUCGAAGGGACAUGCACCGAUACUCUUCGCUCAUGCUCGUCUUAAUCUUUCUGAGGGUUCCGUGUCACUGCAACGGCAAAAGGCCACGCAGCAGCAAUCACCGACGGCUGAACGACGUACCAAGAGUUUGGAUACACCGGUUAUAUCUCUACAUCGUUUGCCACCGAUGAAUGCAUUCUCCUCCAAGGACGACACUGUCGGUUUUGAGGAGGAAGCAGAAAUACUCGAAGAGAAAUCAUUGGCCAACGGGCAAACAAAUCAACAGGACGAUGACACUGCGGACAGUGUACACUCGUGCGCCGGCUCCAUUCCUACACAGAGCAGUUACAAUGCAAAUAAACGUGACUCCCUCCUAAGUGCAGUCACAAUUGAUACGGAGGAAGUUCAAUUGCUUAAUCAAUUGAAAUAUAUUGAAAAAAUUGCUCUGCAAGGUGUUAAGAUCAAGGACAAAAAGAAGUCCAAGAUGAAGCUGAAGAGUGGGGAUCAUCUAAUUUUAAAUAUACCCAAAUAUCGAUUUACAGAUUGGUCUCCCUACAGCUCGGCAAACAGUUCCCGCAAGACCUCACCUGGAGUCUCAAGGGCCAGCAGCAUAGAGAGUACGGGUAAGGGCAAACUUAAGACUUCGGAGCCCUACAAGGGAAAACCUGUCUCACGUAGUCGCCCAGAGUCACGGCGCACAAGUGCCGAUGAUAUAAAAGCCGGUAAAGAUGGCCGAGGAAGUAAAAAAUCAAGUCCAAAGGAGCGACCUCGUUCUAUUGAUAUGCGACGUUUAAGUAAGGAUAAAAGCAAAUCACAAGAGGAAACCGAGGCCGAUAUUGCCAAACGCAAAGAGCGACAGCAAAAACUCUACGAAUCCGCCAUGAAACAGACAAUCACUAUGCUUAGCCCUGUAAAGGACACCUUGCCAGCUUUCCCGGCUCCAGAAGAUAAAAUUCUAGUGAAAACUGAUGGGGAUAAAAUUAUCAUAGAAACUGAAUUCAAAUCGAAGGCUGAAGAUCAUGUUUUAAUUGCAAAGGCGCCGCGUAAAUUAGACAAUUCAUUAGUCAAAUUCAGCCGCAGCUUUGACGAGGGGCGUAGUCCGGACAAACUAGAUAAAGCAAACCGCAGCUUUGAAGAUCGCAAUAAAUCAUUUGAAGACUCGGAGAAAUCUGAUGUACCCGAAGACAUGCUAAUAAAGUCACCAAAGAAAAUAGCCAAAGCUCAAGAGAUCAAACAGAAGAUCGAGGGCAGUGUGGUAGUGCAUAAGAAGAUUGACGGCAAAUCGAGCAGCUUGGAGAAACCAGUUGAGCAUCAUUAUUUGGGAACAGACAUUAAGGCCCGCAGUCUGGACGACAAAAAGAAAGCCGAAGAGAAACCUCCAGUGCCGAUAACUCGCAGCGCCAUUGGGGAUCGUCGCAUGUUUGCCCAUCAAUACAAUGUGCCAGAGGAUAUUGAUAUGCAGGCAGUGAUAUCAGAACGUCGGUCAUUGGAGAUACUAAAGCGUUCCCUACCUUCGGAGGAUACACGCGAUAGUGAGUGUACUUACAGCCGUAAAGCAUCAACAGCUGAGAGUCUAGACUCAUUCGUUUCUGCAGAUGACAGUCAUUCACCGGCAAGCAAAUCACCUGUGCCAGGACCCGGCGAAGGUUAUCCACAUCGUGUACCCACUAUUGAGUGUGAAGAACCGUCAAUAGAAGAAGAUGAUAAUUCAUCCGAGAGACGUCAUCUGAAGGUUGGUCGUCAGGACACAAAUCGCUUAAGCUUAGAUCGCAGUCGUAGCGAUGAGACAGGUUCUUGGAUAACUGUUGAAUGCGAUGAGUUUAUUGGAUCCGACACUUCAGAGAAUGAGCCACGUACUCUAGAACCUGAUCGUAAUGUACUUGAAACGCAGGCCACUCUGGAAGAUGCCAAUCCGUUGGAAUAUUCUAACUGUGCCACUCCCACAUCAGACUUAAAUAUAUUGGUGACACCACCGAACGCCAGCCCCAUGAUUGAGAAAUCUGUACUGGAAACCUUUGAGAAGUACACAUCAGAUAGCAAAAAGAAGUAUAGCUUGGAGAAACAAAGCGAUAAAUCAAAGAGCUCUGAUUCUUGGACAAGUGGUGAAAAAGAUAGUAGCCCACAACGUCAGCAGGAUUGGAGUCUAUCUGUGGGCAAGGAAAAGAGCUCUAUGGAAGAAGAAUCUAGUGUUAGCUGUUCUAUAGCUCGCCCUUUGGGUAUUUCCCAGGAUUUUGGCAACGAAGAAGCUAAAAAAUGUCAGGAACUUAAACAGCGCAUGCUCCAAUUAGAUGUAAGUUCGGCCAAAGAGGCAGGAGAUGUGCAAAUCACACCCACUGACUCCAAUGACCAGACACCCACCAAUGAACCAAAAAUUAUAAUAAAGAAACCUACAACGCCAACCCUAGAAAAGCAAAGUCCAAUUGAUUUGGGCAAUAGCACGGAAUUUUAUCUGGAUCCUAUAGAGGAAAGGAUUGCAAAAAUCUUACAACGUCCCGAGGACAGUGAGUCUGGAAGCUCUGGUGGAUCUCGAAAGCCGCCAAGGAUAGAGAAACCAGCUAGAGCCAAUGCGGGUAAGAAAUUGUCUGUGAGCAAAGCCGAGACCGGAAAAUCUGGAAGCGAUCGAAGCUCACAGGAGUCAAAGUCUAGUUUCGAUUCAAAAGGAUCGUUAAGUGUGGAAUCCCGUGGCUCCUUUGAAACUGAAAGCAGCUCUGGCUCUAUGGGUGCAGCACAAAGGCGCGGUGAGUUGGCACAGAAAGAACAACAGGGUACAUGGAAAGCGUUUCCCAUUGAAAGCUCAAACAGUUCGAGCACCGAUGAUCCCUGGCAUCAUGUGGAAACCGAUGGCGGAUAUGAACGCUAUGAUGCACAGAAUCCUUUGCGAGAUUCCUCAGACAGUGAUGUGAAAGAAGUAUCGCCAGAUGAACAGAAAGCUGAGAGCGACACCAGCUAUCAGGAUGAUUUAAAUGAUUUUCCCACAACCUUUGGCUAUCCGGCCAUGACUAGUACAUUGGGCGGCAUCGGGGUAAAUCCCACUGACAUUAUCGGCUAUAGCACUGGUUUCACCUUGGGACGAACACUUUCCCGCAUAUCCGAAAGAAGCACUGCUUCAGAGAAGUCAAGCAUGGAGGAUGAUGUGAGUAAAGCGUCAACACAUUCAGUCAGUAUGCGUGACGAAUCGGUUGGUUCGACAGAUCAUCAGCCAAGCUUAAGUUCGGAUUCUCGUAGCAACACCAAUUUGGCAUAUAUAUCAGAUGCCGAUCGUCGAACUUCUGCCGAAAUGCCCGAGAUUCCCUGUGACUCGGCCACUGGUGAUCGUCUUUCCAGUUUCGGCAGUGUCAAUGAACCGAAGUCUCCCACUCUGAUCACAGGACGUUUCUCCGUCACCCAUGUGGAUGAACAGCAUACCGCAGAUGAUCUAGAACGACACACACUCAUGUGUUUGUCCAAUGCGGGAAGCCAGGACUCUGAAGAUUGGCCAUUGCCUGAAAUACCGUUCGAUCAUGUACCGGUGAAACCACCAGAUAACUUGUAUGGUAUGCCAGAUUUGGAUAAGCCCGUACCCAAAUCGUUCUGUUGGAAGGCUAGCAUGUCGUUUCAACAAUCGCAGGAUUCGAUCGAUUGGCCGUCACCACCGUCGAGUACAGUGGGUGUGGCAGCACCCAUUAUUGUGGAAAGCAUUGAGACUUACUAUACAAGUGAAGUUCAAAAUGCGGAUAAGGUGGUUCUCGACGAAGAGGCUCAACAAUCAUCGAUUGGUCCACCAGAUGUGGCAAAGGUUUUGCCCUACGAAGAAACAGCUUACUUAAUGUCAUCGGCUUUCGAGGACAAGGACUUUGGCAGCGAGCAAAUUCAACCAGAUACAGUUAGCUGUCUUAGUUCUACAUUGAGUGCAGCUUCAUGCUUAUCAUCAUCGCUUAACGUAAGCUGCAGUACCUCCUCCACACAACCCACUGCUCGAGUUAGCCCACGUAAAGGAUCCAGUCCAGAAGUGAUUGUGGCUCAGCCAACACGUUCUCCAGCACCCAGAAGUCCAUUGUCAGAGGAUGAAAUGUUUUCUACCAAUGACGAUGUUUUUAUGCCUGGCACCAUUAAGGUACAACUCUCGCCGGACGCACAGUUGCGAAAGCUAUCGCGUGGAUCGAACAACUCGGAUACCUCUAUCGAUGACAUCUUGUCCGGAAGCACUUAUUUGGAUGAUCAGACAACAGUGCGUCGAAACUAUGAAGCGCGCCUCAGUAGCGGAGGCGGCAGCUGCAAGAAAUGCAGCCAUUCCAGUCAUUCUGAGGAGGAGACCAGCUCCAUUGGCACCGAUCUCGAUGGAACUGUGCGCAUGGGGCUGCAACAAAAGAAAUGCACCCAUAGCUCUCAUUCGGAGGACACUUCAAUAGGUCUCAGCAUUUCAGAAUGGUCUACCGGAACAAACACCGUACGACAAUACGCAAAUCUCUCUGGCUCAGAUAGUCUUUCGGCUGUGUCAACACAAUCCUGUGCGAAAAGCGAGAAAUCAAAUCAAACCAAAUCAAGCAUUAGCAGCAUUAACAAGUCGGCGGAAAGUCUAAACGAACAGAGUGGUAGCUAUUCCCACAAGUUUAGCGGUGAGAAUGGAUCAUCUGAUGGCUUACGUUAUGAUAUGUUAUCAAAUUCAGAGACAGAUAAGAUGAGCGAAACAACAUCAGCAACUCGAAGUGAUGAUACAACAUUGACUCUAACCGAAAUGGCUCACACGAUUAGUGAGUGGUCAACCUCGAGUAGCCGUACAUUGGUGGGAGUGGCUCCAGGAGAGUAUCUACCGUUGAAGCAACCACGGGUCACGGCUAAGACCAGUUUGAGUUCGCCCAGCGAUGAGAAACGUUCAUCAUUGCCGCAAAUCCAUCGACGUAGCGGUAGCAAUGGCAAUCAGGCUCGUAUCAGCCAACCAGAUCAACCGGAGUCAAAUGCUCCAGAAACUAGUGCAGCAGCACGCAAACGACGCUCCCUAGAAAUGAUGUCCAAAUUGUAUCAGAGUCAGGAAAUUUGCUCUGAGUCCGAGUCGCCGUUUGUGGAACGCCUGUAUGCCCACAGUGAGAAGCUUACUGAACGCUAUCAGAGCCAGGAGUUUGUCCCAUUGCAUGGAACUGUUGCUCAGACACAGAGCACCCAAAUUCAAACUCAGCAAUCCCAGCAAGCGAUACGUCGCGAUAAACCUCGUGCCCCACAACCGCCGACAAAACCCAAGCCAGCAGUCACUCGUCCCAUUAUGCAGGCUUUGCUUAAUAAGAUGAAACAACCAGGACUAGCCGAACAAGCUGCUGCUGCAGCCGAAGCAGCUGAAGCUGCCGAAGAAGCAAAGAAAAUUCCGGUUGUGGUGAAACCAGCUCCUCCACCCGUGCCCACUAUUCCGCCGAUUAUUACACCGAGUGAUUUACCUGGAGAUGUGGGAGCACCGCCGGCAAAACCGUUGGCAAAGCAUCAUAGUUAUGAUGACAAGACGUUGUCCAAGACACAAAUCCGUGACUUUAAAACGUCGAGCAAGCAAUUUCGACAAUCCAGUUCGUUCCACGAACACAUGUUGAGUAAAUCACAGCAAUCCUCACAAGAGCUAACCAUGCGGAUUGAUGAGGAACGCGAUGCUCACUCCACAUCGUCCGCUACUUAUACAACAACCACCACAAAUACUUUAAAUAGUGAAAGUACAGAACCCAAUUCUCCACAAAUGCCACAACGAGCUGAUAAACUGAUACGCUGCUCGCCCUAUUAUUCGAGUAGUCUCAGUUCCGAAUCGCCGCCCAAUCAACUGGUGCAGAAACCACCUAGAAAGUCACCCGGAACAAGUCAGUUGGCUGCCAAUAUUGGUAUUGCCGCCUCCAUAAAGAGUCCGCCCAGUGGCAACGAUACGGAUAGCUCCUUGGAUGUACGCGGCGGCGGUCAGGAUCCUAAGCUGCGUAAUCGAGGCUAUCGCAAGAAACGACAAUUGCCUGCCAAACGGAUUCGUGCCAAUAUGGCUGCUGCCGCAUUGCUAGAGCAAGCAGAAAGUUCAGAAUGCUCUGAGGGUUAUGUACCCGAAAUGGAUUCGGGAAGCUCUGAAUAUUCGUAUCAACGUGACGAUCAGUAUUUGGAAUUCGAUGAGGAACUGGAGCAGGAUCAAACCGAUGAAUAUGACGAUUAUCCGCAAUAUAGCGGAUCAGUUGUGGGAAAAUUUGAGAGUCUCGAUAUGAGUGACAAUGUGGAUGAGAUGGGUUUUCCACGCUAUGAUCGCUUGGGACACAUUACCAAGCCCAUGUAUCAGACAAAUAAUCACCCGAUGCCGCCAUCUAGUGGACAACCCGUUAAACCAGCACGCACUAAGAAACGCCAGUUGAAACGUGAAGAUUCCACAGCGGUGCAUCCAAGCACAUCGAGUGGAGCAGCUGCAUCGGCGGCGUCAUCAUCAUCGUCGCAACCUUACCAUGGUCGCAGGUACUGCAAUCCUGAGGAGAGUGAGUAUGAGACACGUGGCGGGGGACUCUCUGAUGAGUUGGCCAACUCCAGCGAGGACAGUGGCAGUGGAUUUGGUGGACCUGGAGCCACGGCCACCAUUAGACGUGGAACCAAUCGAUCUGCAACAGUUGUGGAAUCUGCUGCCACCCGUGACCAACUGCCCUAUCCUGACUUUUUAUCCGACUAUGAGACCGAACCGAUUGAAUAUGAACGUUAUGCCUGCGGUCUGGAUAUACGCGUUGAUCCGCCUCCCAAAUUCCACGAUUCCGAUGAUCUGAGCGAUCAGUAAGAAACAAAAAGAAAUGUGCUUAUAUAUCCAGAAUGCAGCAUUUUCAUUUUCAUUCCGUUGCCUUGCCCAAUGAGACGUUUUUUUAGAACUCUAUGACUUUUACAUGAUCCAAGUACACUUAUAACCAACUUAUUUGUAAUUGAGACUGAUUUACGACAAAGCCAAAGACAAAACAAAAGGAAAGCCAAAAAGGAAAACAACUCUCUUGCUGCAGAUCCUAACAAAACAACAAAACAAAAAACAACAAAACUCUUAUUAAAGUUAAAAUACUGAAAUUAUCCUGAAGCGUUCGAAAAUCAAAUUACAAUUACAUUUUAAUCAAACAUUAAACCUAGCAAAAUCAAACAAAGAUCGUACGAAUCGAGAUGUCAGUUAAGAUUUGGGAUGAUCGAUAUAUAAACAAAAACAUAUAUAUAUAUACAUAUAUAGAUCUUAGAUAUAUAUCGACAUCUUUAGUUAAUGGUCGCGCGCCUUGUCGGUUGACUUAUUAGAUUGAGUUGCAUAAAUGCAAUAACUUAACAACAACAACAACAACAGAGUAAUAAUGUUAAAACCAGUUGAACAAAUAUAAAUGAAAUUUUAAUGCACUGUUUAAUCAUCGAAUAAUUCAGAUAAAAACAAAACAAAAACCGAUAA